AUGUUCGCUUCAAAAUCCAGUGCUGUAUCCCCUUCUCCGUCCAUGGAACAGGCAGAUUCGGAUGCUCUGGACAUCAGCACCAAAGUGCAGCUGUACGGUGUGCUCUGGAAGAGACCCUUUGGGAGGCAGUCAGCCAAAUGGUCCAGGAGGUUCUUCAUCAUUAAGGAAAGCUUCCUGCUAUACUAUGCUGAGAGUGAGAAGAAGAGUUUUGAAAGCAAUAAAUACUUCAAUAUCCAUCCCAAGGGUGUCAUACCCCUGGGAGGCUGCAUUGUGGAGCCCAAAGAAGAGGUUAACAUGCCUUAUGCCAUAAAGAUCUCUCAUGAAGACUUCCAUGGUAACAUUGUUCUAGCAGCUGAAUCAGAGUUUGAGCAGGCUCAGUGGCUGGAGAUGCUACAGGAGUCUGGAAAAGUGACCUGGAAAAAUGCCCAACUGGGAGAAGCCAUGAUCGAGAGCCUGGAAGCUCAAGGACUACAGUUGGCCAAGGAGAAACAGGAAUAUUUAGAUAAACUAAUGGAAGAAACAGAAGAGCUAUGUCUGCAGAGGGAGCAAAAAGAAGAACUUGAGCGUCUGAACCAGAUCCUGGAAGCCGAGAAGCAGCGUUUUGAAGAGGUGGUGCGGGAGCUGCGGCUGGAGCAGGAGGAGAUCAGAAGGGAGCUGGAGCUCACAGCCCGCUCCCUUAAAGGAGUGGAGGAAGAAAAGAAAGAGUUGCGAAGCCUGACACAGUACUUACAGAACACCCUAGAGGAGCUCUCCCUGGAAAAACAACAAAUGCUGGAGAUGCUGGAAGAAAAUGAGAGCCAGGUCCCACCUCCAACCAGCCCCAGCAAGGAGCAAAGCCCCAUGUGGGGACUGCACUGCAGCCUGCGACAGAUUGAAGAGAAGAUGCAGCAACUUCUGCAGGAGAAACUCCUGGCAGAGAAAAGGAUGAAGGAGAAUGAGGAGCGGUCUCGAGCACUGGAGGAAGAGCGGGAGUUUUACUCUUCCCAGUCACAAGCGCUGCAGAACUCGCUCUCGGAGCUGACUGCAGAGAAACAGCAGACAGAGAGAGACCUCAAGGCUGAAGUGAAGGUACGCAUGGAUCUGGAGAAGAGACUGAAAGAAGCUGAGGAAGCAUUGCAGAGCUUGGAGCAAGGCUUAAAUUCUCUGAAUUGCAACAAGGAGAAGGAGAAGAGGAUGAAAGCAGAUGUCAGUAACUUGAGAAAGUUCUUUGAAGAGUGCAUCCGCAAUGCUGAGCUGGAGGCCAAGAUGCCUGUGAUCAUGAAGAACUCCGUGUACAUCCACAAGGCUGCCACUCGCCGCAUAAAGAGCUGCCGCUUCCGCUGCCGGAGGACCAGCACUUCGUGGAAUGACAUGAAACAGUCCCAGUCCUUCAUCUUCUCUCAUGCAGAAGCUGAAAACAUUGAAGAGCUGAAGGAAGCAGCCAAAAGACUGAGCCGGGACCAGCGAUUUAGGAAAACUAUCUAUCAAAUCAUGAGGUCACAAAAGGAUUCUGCUCCAGGAGACAAAAAGUGA